GCGCACAGGCUCGGCGGGCUGCGCGUGCGGGGACCCCGAGUGGCUCCUGCCCGAGCGGGACCCGCGUGCCGCGGGGGACACGCACCCGUACAGAAGGGGGGUGUGGGCCGCCUGCCACCCUCGGCCAUCCAAGAUGUCGAAGGGAUUCUGGCCGAGCCCCGGUCACGCCGGCGCGCCCUGGCAGCCCCUUGGGAAACAGCCCUGGAAUUCCUGCCGGGGGCAGAGCGGGUCAGGAGAGCCAGCAGGGAUCCCGGAGUUCCUGCCCGGGGCCGGCCGGGGGCCGCCAGGAGGAGACCCUGGGCACGAAAUGGAGAAUGCGUGCCGACCCUCCGGGGGAAGGUGACUCCCAAGGGCAGCGUUGUGGUUCCUUCACGAAGGGCCACGUUUAUUUACGAAGCGCGCCUCCAUUAAGGUCACUCUGCCAGGCCCAAAGGCCGGAGCCCGUGCGUGGCCCGGUGGGGGAGGGUUGGGCUGGUGAGGACACAAAGAUGACGCCUUGGGGGAGCGCAGAGCCUCACGCGCGUUUCCUUCCCCCUCCCGCAGGUAAGGCUGGCCUCUCUGCGUUCAGAGGUCUGAGCGGUGCCAUGGGGGUAGGGGUGUCUUUAUUGCUGCAGUUUUCUCUAACAUCCGGGGGCUCUCGGAGUGUGGGUCGAAGCAGGCGCUGCAGCCGCAGAAGUAUCCUCAGGAACAUCCCCAGGAGGAGCUGGAGAAAGCCUCACCCCCAGCUCUGCGGUCUCCAGGCAGAGGAAGAACCCAUGCUGGAACGGCGCUGCAGGGGCUCCAUGGCCAUGGGCCCAGCCCCGCCUCGACUCCUUUCUGGGCCAUCCCAGGAGUCACCCCAGACCCUGGAGAAGGAGUCCAGCAGGCUGAGGCACCGGGGCACUCUAGUGGUCCAGCCGGGUGGCCAAGCCCCUGGCAAGGCCCAUCGUUGUGCCCACUGUCGAAGGCAUUUCCCAAGCUGGGUGGCCCUGUGGCUUCACACCCGACAGUGCCAGGCCCGGUUGCCCCUGCCCUGUCCCGAAUGUGGGCGACGCUUCCGCCAUGCCCCAUUCUUAGCGCUGCACUGCCAGGUUCAUGCCUCUGCCACCUCAGACCUGGGCUUCACCUGUCACCACUGUGGGCAGAGCUUCCAAGGCUGGGUGGCCUUGGUUCUGCAUCUGCAGGCGCACUCAGUUGCAAAGCGGCCCAUUGCUUGCCCGGAAUGCGACAGACGCUUCUGGCAACAAAAGCAGCUCAGAGCUCAUCUGCGGAGGCGCCACCCUCCUGCCCCUGAGGCCAGGCCCUUUAUCUGCGGCAACUGUGGCAGAAGCUUUGCCCAGUGGGACCAGCUGGUUGCUCACAAACGGGUGCAUGUGGCUGAGGCGCUGGAGGAGGCUGCAGCCAAGGCUCUGGGCCCGAGGCCCCGUGGGCGCCCGGCAGUGACUGCUCCCAGGCCCGGUGGAGACGCGGUGGACCGGCCCUUCCAGUGUGCCUGCUGUGGCAAGCGCUUCCGCCACAAACCCAACCUGAUCGCCCACCGCCGAGUGCACACGGGCGAGCGGCCGCACCAGUGUCCUGAGUGCGGGAAGCGCUUCACCAACAAGCCCUACUUGACCUCGCACCGGCGCAUCCACACUGGCGAGAAGCCCUAUCCGUGCACUGAAUGCGGCCGCCGCUUCCGGCAUAAACCCAACCUGCUAUCGCACAGCAAGAUCCACAAGCGGUCGGAGGGCUGCGCACAGGCUGCGCCGGUUACCGGGAGCCCCCAGGUUCCAGCCGCGGCCCCCGAACCCUCAGUGGAGCCGUGGCCUCAGAAGCCAGCCCGGGAGGCUUCAGCCGAGCCUGUGCCUGGAGCCCCCCUGCAGCUCCCACCCGAUCAGGCAGAGGUGCCCCCGUCUCUGUACAACUGCGAAGACUGCGGGCGCAGCUUCCGCCUUGAGCGCUUCCUGCGCGCGCACCAGCGGCAGCACAGUGGCGAGCGGCCCUUCACCUGCGCAGAGUGCGGGAAGAACUUCGGCAAGAAGACACACCUGGUGGCGCACUCGCGCGUGCACUCGGGAGAGCGGCCCUUUGCCUGCGAGGAGUGCGGCCGCCGCUUCUCUCAGGGCAGCCACUUGGCGGCCCACCGGCGUGACCACGCCCCCGAGCGGCCCUUUGUUUGCCCCGACUGUGGCAAGGCCUUCCGACACAAGCCCUACCUGGCAGCACACCGGCGCAUCCACACCGGUGAGAAGCCCUAUGUUUGUCCCGAGUGUGGCAAAGCGUUCAGCCAGAAGUCCAACCUUGUGUCCCACCGGCGCAUCCACACUGGCGAGCGUCCCUAUGCCUGCCCCGACUGUGACCGCAGCUUCAGUCAGAAAUCCAACCUCAUCACCCACCGCAAGAGCCACAUCCGGGAUGGCGCCUUCUGCUGCGCCAUCUGUGGCCAGACUUUUGACGACGAGGAGCGCCUCCUGACCCACCAGAAGAAGCACGAUGUCUGAGAGGAGCCCUGGGCCACCUUCAGGACAGGAGCGAGGCACUGGCCCAAGGCACAUGCCUGGGUGCUAGUGGAAGGCACAAUGGGAAUCCCAAAAGGGAUGGAAGAGGUGGGGUGAGCUGGCCCUGCUGGAGUCAAUCCAGUGGUCAGGGAGCCCCGUCAGAGCCAAAGGACCCGCUGUCCAUGUGGUGUUUCUGAGGUUCCAUCCUGACUGUCCUGUGCUCUGAAAACGUAGCAAUAGCAGCUCCAUCUACCCUUAAAUCCCUGGCUAGAGGAGCCACCAGUGGGAAGGAGGCUGCUCCAUCCUCUGGUGUUAACGCCUUAAUGUCCCUGUCUCUACUAUAAGUUACUUCAGGUCACUUUUGGAAGUAGGUGUGGAACAGUCCUUAGUAAAUGAGCACUGGCAAGGGGAAGGAAAAUGGACCAGCUGGAUACACCUUGGCAAACCUGCGCUCCUUAACCAGCACGGGGCUUUUUUUCAGCACUAAGGCAAGGCCAGGCGGCUCUUACCUGUCCAUCUCCCUGCUGCCCCUGCAUAGAAUACCACACUUGGAGAGGUCCAUCUGCUAUAGCAAGUCCAUCCUCUUCCUCCCCGAAGAUACUGUCUGGCUCCAUCCUCUGCCCUGCUGGUGCUGCGGGCUUUCCUGGCUGUUCUGCCUGAUCUGACGAUCCGCUUCAUCCAGAGCUCACUGUGUUUUGGGAAGGACUGGGCUUGGGUGCAGCCCAAGGGAAGGUCCUGGGUGGUGCAUUUCCUCUGCAGCGCUUUCAGCCUGUGGAUGGCAACCACUGUGGAGCAUGAAGCCCCUGAGAGCGCCCACCUCCCCAGGCCCUGGUCUAUCGUAGGAUGAUUCUAAUUGGUAGAAAUUCUUCCUUAUGAUGAUUAAAUCUGCUUUCCUAUCAUUUCUAUCUGUUGGGCCUUGUUCUGUUUUCUGGAUCUAAACAGAACAACUGUUUACCUUCCUUUUCAAAUUAGAGAAUAAAGGUUUGGUUUUAGAACU